GGUUUUGACUUUUAGAGAAUCAAAUGUAAACUGUAGAGGUUAUGGUACAACAGUUAAUUAUAUUUCAUUAAUAUAUAUAUUUUAAAAUAACAUUAAUUGUGAAAUCAAUUUACAUUCGAUCAAUAUGUCUAAAUCUGUGUCUCGUUUAAAAUCUAUGAAAAAAGUAGCUGAUAAAAUAGAUCAUUCGUCAAAAUUAAGGACCGAUAUUCCUGCUGGAAUGGCAGCAGCAGGUCCUCCUCUAGGACCUAUGCUCGGACAGCGUAACAUAAAUAUAGCGGCGUUUUGUAAAGAUUUCAACGAACGAACUGCAAAUAUAAAACCAGGAAUACCAUUACCCACUCGAGUCAAGGUCAAUCCCGACAGAUCAUAUCAGUUGGUUAUCCACCAGCCUCCGAGUUCAUUUUUUCUUAAGCAAGCUGCGGGUGUUACCCGUGGUGCAAUGGAACCAAUACGUGAAAUUUGUGGUAAAGUAACAUUAAAGCACAUAUAUGAAAUUGCUAAAAUCAAGUCUCAAGAUCCACCUCUUGAGUGGAAAUCUCUCAAAGACAUCUGCACUAUGUUAAUAGCAACAGCAAGGACAUGUGGUAUUGAAGUUGUGAAAGAACUUAAUGCAAAGGAGUAUGAGGAGUUUCUACAACACAGGAAGUCUGUUGUUGAGGAGCAAAAGAAGCUAUUGCAAGAAAAGAGAGAAGCAAAGAUGUUACGAACUGCUUAAUAAUAUUUAAAUGUAGAUAAAUUAGAUUUAUAGUAUUAAUAAUAAUA